AUGACAACAGGUGCACUUGGUUUUGCUGCUCGAGCAUGGCUGGUGCAUUUGGCUUGCUUCUUGGUGCUGCAUGCUGACCAACCUUCAACAAGAACAAUCGGAGCUAGUGAGAAGCUUGUAAAGGAUGGUCUAGAACAAGAGAUUAUAGUUGUGGCUCUGGUAGCAAAAAGAUGCUUGAAUCUUAAUGGAAAGAAAAGACCGACCAUGAAACAAGUAGCAAUGGAGUUGGAGUUGAUUAAAGCUUUAGGUGGAAAUGUUAUUGAAGAUUGUGGUGAUGAAGAAUCUGAAAUAGAUGACAUGAUCCAUUCAUGGGAGACCAAUCCUAGUUGUUCAAUGUCUAGGACAAUUACAACCGAAAAAGAAGUAUGUGGAAAUAUUACAAUUCCAUCCCCUUUUGGAAUCCAAAGAAACUGUUAUACUAAACCUUGGUUUAGAGUUACUUGCAAAUCGACCCGUAAUGGGGAAAAGCCAUUCAUAAACGUAAAUGGCAUUGAUCUGGAGGUACUUGAUUCCUUAUUUUCAGACGCAGACGCCAUUGUCAUCAGUAUUCCAGUUACUCACAUUAAUUGUGAUCAUAUGAACGAGGCUAGUAUGAGUGUGAAUCUCUCAGGCACUCCGUUUUUCUUUUCAAGUGAGAUGAAUUAUUUCGGAUCAGUAGGUUGCGGAAAUUUGGCUACUAUUUUAAGUAACGAAGCUGAUUCACUUGGCGGCUGCAUUCAACCAAGGUGUGACGAUGGUGCUUCUGAAUCUGGCUGCUUUACUGAAAUUACUGGAAAUCUCACUUCCUAUACCGUAACCAUGACAGCCAUGUAUCCUGACAGCAAAAGAUGCGCAUCCGCUUUCAUCUUUAGCAUGUACUCUUUCCGUAGUGCUUACCCAUUACCCAAUGGCAUCAAUAUUGGAACCACGCAUGUUCCCGCCGUGCUCAACUGGAAUUCCACCUAUUGCGGUGACGCAGGUUGCGGUAAUUUGGUUACUACUUUCAGCAAUGAAACAGAUAAUCUUAUAGGCGGAUGUUUGCAACCAAGUUGUAGGAUUAAUAAUGAGACUUCCUCUAUUGUUGGUUGUCUUGUUAAUAUUCCUCAAGAUGGGGAAUGUGGGAGUUAUAAGUAUUGUCGCAUACUUUGUUUGAAUACCCCUGGCAACUAUUGCUCAUCAGAGUCUUGCCCUCAUUAUGAAUUCAAUAAUACAAGGUUUCGUUGUGAGCACAAAAUGCAGGCUCAAAACAAUCGUAGCAUGACAAGUAUUAUUAUAGGUUGCAGCACUAGUUUUGGGACACUAUUUCUACUACUCACAACAUGGAGUACGUACAAAGUCCUCAAAAGAAAACAAAAAAUCAUGCUGAAGCAGAAAUACUUCAAAAGGAAUGGAGGUUUGUUACUGCAACAACAUUUGUCUAGCAAUGAAGGUAAUGUUGAAAAAAUUAAGUUGUUUACUUCAAAAGAGAUGGAAAAGGCGUCAGAUCAUUAUAAUGAGAAUCGAAUCCUUGGUCAAGGAGGUCAAGGGACUGUUUAUAAAGGAAUGCUAAUAGAUGGAAGCAUUGUGGCUAUUAAGAAGUCCAACAUGGUGGAAGGAAAGAAAUUUGAUGAAAAGAAGGUUGAACAAUUCAUUAACGAGGUGAUAAUUUUAUCUCAAAUUAAUCACAGGAAUGUGGUUAAACUUUUAGGGUGUUGUUUAGAAGCCGAAGUUCCUCUAUUGGUGUAUGAGUUCAUCCCAAAUGGUACAUUAUACGAUCUCAUACAUAACCAAAACGAAGAAUUACCAUUGACAUGGGAAAUGCAUUUACGAAUUGCGAUCGAAAUUGCCAAUGCCUUAUUCUAUUUGCAUUCAGCUGCUUCUGCUCCUAUUUAUCACCGAGAUAUCAAAUCUAGUAACAUACUUUUGGAUGAUAAAUAUAGGGCAAAAGUAUCAGAUUUUGGAACUUCAAGAUCAAUUGCACUUGAACAAACACAUCUAACCACUCGGGUGCAAGGAACUUUUGGAUACAUGGAUCCCGAAUAUUUUCGAUCAAAUCAAUUUACAGAGAAGAGUGAUGUUUAUAGCUUUGGAGUUGUCCUUAUUGAGCUUUUAACAGGACAAAAACCCAUCUCCGCAGAACAAUCAGAGCCAGUGAGAAGCUUGGUAUCUUAUUUUUUGCAUUCAAUGCAGGAGAAUUCCUUAUUUAACAUUCUCGAUCCAAUGGUAGUAAAGGAUGAUCCAGAACAAGAGAUUAUAGUUGUGGCUCUGGUAGCAAAACGAUGCUUGAAUCUUAAUGGAAAGAAAAGACCCACCAUGAAACAAGUAGCAAUGGAGCUGGAGUUGACUAAAGCUUCAGGUGGAAAUGUUAUUGAAGACUGUGGUGAUGAAGAAUCUGAAAUAGAUGACAUGAUCCAUUCAUGGGAGACCAAUCCUAGUUGUUCAAUGUCUAGGACAGUUACAACCGAUAGUGCAACGUUUCCAUUAAAUUCAUCUUUCUAG